AUGGCCGAGGAUUGUCAGGGUGAAGACUAUAUCUUUGAUGAUGAUGAGGUGAAUGGAGAAGACGACUGCCCUUUGAUCAAAUUGUCUUUAGAUGGAAAACAAAGGAUUAGGAAACCCUGGAGGCAAACCUUAAUCAUAAAGGUUAUGGGAAAGAGGAUUGGAUAUAACUACUUGUUGAAAAGACUUCAAACGCUAUGUAGAAUUCAGGGAGAUAUAAAUCUGGUUGAUUUGGGAAACGAUUUCUUCUUAGCCAUGUUCUCUAAUUCUGAUGAUAGGGACUAUGCUCUUUUUGGAGGGCCAUGGAUACUUCCAGAUUUAGCAAUGGAAUACUACGAUACCUCUGUACUAUGGCGAAUUGGAGACCAUAUAGGAAAAACCCUGAAGGUGGAUAGGACAAGUUCGGUUGGUACUAGAGGUAACUGCGCCAGAAUCUGUGUGGAAGUGGAUCUCACAAAGCCAGUAUUAUCGAAAUUCAAAUUAAGAAGAACAGUUCGCAGAGUAGUUUAUGAAGGGUUGCAUUUAAUUUGUUCUCAAUGCGGCACAUAUACACAUAAGAAGGAGAUUUGUCCCCACGUCCAACACCAUAAUGAAGAUGGUAGAGAUAAGCAACAGUCUGGUUGUUCCAAUGAGCCGGAGGAGAUGAAUCUUGAAGUGGUGCCACAUGAAGAAGCUCAUGUGGCUAAUGGAUGA